UGCCGAUACCAGGGGAAUUUAACCGAAUUAACCCUUUGACUAGCAAUCCUGCCACGGAUUUAGGAGCGCCCUAUGUGCCUCCUGCAGUAAUCUCGAUAGCCGUGCGGGAAUCGCUAUGACACUAAACAGUUUCAUAAUAAUGUUUCGUGAUGAAUAAUCUCAAGCGCAUACAAAUGCGAUUCGGCGGAAUAUAAAAGAAGCAGUUUCAAGUAGUUUUUGUCGUUCCUACUAGAUCGCAGUUGCCCUUUUAUUUAUUUCUUUCAAAUCCAAUUGACGGUAUUCAGGCCAUAUGACUAUUGAAUAAGUUAUUCCAAGUGAUCAGCUGAUUUGAUUGCUAUUUGUGUAUUGAAUACAGGUUAUAACCUCACUUUUCCGUUACCGGUUGCCUUGGUUGUAAACGUUUUGUUGUGUUUACAGUAAUGGAUUAUGCUAAAGCAACUUUGAAACAAAAAAAUAAUGCUUUGGUUCCAAGAAGAAACCACUCUCAAGUAAAAAAAGAACAGGAAGCUCUACAUCAUUUUAUAAAAAAUAAUCCAAAUGACCGCAAUUCCAAUAGAGGGCCUGAAACAAGGCCUACCUGUAGAAAUCCUUCAAAAGCAUUUAAUACACCAUUUCCUCGUGAGGAGACAAAAUAUGGCUCCUCAAGACGUAUAUGUAAUAUACCAAUACUUUCGAAAAAGCUACAUUUUCUAAAUGUUAAAGAACUUACACAUGAAGACAAAGUGGAAAAAAUAAAACUUUACUUGGAUAAAUCUCAAUCUCCAUUUAUUUGGAGGCCCAAACAAGCAAAGCCUGUAGAUGAACCUAGCAUUAUCAUUGAUCGUCUUGAAAAGAAAGAUAAAGAAAUGACACAUGAAUACACCUUUAAAUGGAGGAGCUUUAUUCUCCACUUGGUAAUUUGCUAUGAGUUAUUUAGAGCGAAUGAAGUUUCUCAAGCUUUAGAAAAGUUGAAUGGCCUUAAAAAUAUUCUCAUAAAAAAAACCAACUCUGCAAGUGAAGGAUGGCUUUUUAUUAGCAUUCAAGAUGCCUUGUGGCACGUGAUAACAGCAUCUAAAGCAUUCCUUCUUCUGAAUAAUAACCUCAUUGAUGAAGCAUACGAGCUUAUAAGUGAAAUUCAACCAGUUAAUACCAUGAAGCGAGCAAGCCAGGCCGGUAUACAUGGGGUUAGAGCAGCUGUAUUCAUGGAAUAUGGACACAGGGGCAAUAUAAUUGGAUUGACUGAAGCAAUGAAAGCUGUUGAAAUAGACCGCACCAAUGGCGAAUGGCACUUCCUUGUUGGAAAAUGCAUGGGCAGGAUUCGUCGAGUAUCUCAGUGUUAUGCAGUAGUUGAUCCAUUAGAAGUGAAAGCUUUCAACGAGGCUCUAAAUCUUGAUAAAAUAAAUGCCAAUUACAAAAUGUACUUAGCGCAAGCUCUGAGAGAACGAGCCUUCAGAGAAAUUAAACAAGAAAGGCCAAAGCAUGGUUCGGAUUUAUAUAAAAAGAUCAGAAAGACUUAUUUAGCAUCUUAUCAUAUGUUAAUAAAAGUACGAGAAAUGCAACCAAACUGCCCUCAUUUAUUGACAAGAUGUGCAUUUGUGAUGAUGAAAAUGCCCCCAGACAUAGUGGAUUUGAAAUUUAUCAGAGAAUGUGUGGACAAGGCAUUAAUGCUGGCUCCAGAUAAUCCUAUGACAAAUCAUGUCAAGGCUAUGUAUUAUGAAAGAUAUCAUGUAGAGGCAGAAGUUCCUCUAAAGUACUAUGAGAAAGCUGCAGCUCUGGGAAAUUUUGGGGCUGGAAUGGAUCUUGUCAGGGUGCACUACAGGCUGAAGCAAGAUAACAUUGUGGAGGAAUUAGAAAGAUUAGCAGAAAAAUUUGAAGAGCCCUGUAAGAGACGGGAGGCAUACAUGCAGGCAGGCUCCUAUCUUCUGUUCAUCAAGAAAAACAUGGUGGAGGCAUUAAAAUACUAUCAGAAAGUCAUAGAUAUUGAUCCUGAAUCUUAUGCUCUGAAGUUCCACAAACCCAUGUUUUUUCCAAUGAAACAUCCAGUGAAUAUGUUUGAAGUACUUUUAGAAGAACUAGAGAAAAAUACAGAAUGGAGGAGUUUUUCACCAGAGGACACUAAGGUUUUGAAAAGGUUUUUGAUAAAAUAUAGAAGCUUUAGUACAUCUGCCCCUGAAGAAAGAUUGAAUGUAACAAAAAUAUUAGAAAUGUCUAGGAUCUGCUCUAAAGAUUUUGAAAGAAAAAGAAAAAGGAGAAAAGAACAGGAUAAACCAAAAAGAUCUAAUAAGUGGCGUGGCACGAAAAAAGGAAAAUAUCAGAACAAAAAUGAAAACAAACAAAGUGCUGGCCAAAAGAAUUUCUCAAGGGAAACUACUCAACAAUGGAAAACCAGUACUGAAACAGAUUUUACUAGAGCAAGUCACAGUAAGGAAAAGAAUUUCAACUGCAGAGAAAGAACAAGUAGUAUCAGCAGUGUGGAUAGUGAUUAUUGUCGAGACACUAUACGUCUUGGGCCAAGAAAUUUAUUUUCCUGGCAUUGUGAGAAUACCCAGGUGAAAAGUGACCAUAGUGGUCAAGAUGCACGUAGCUUGGGUGCCACAAACUUCAGUAAAAGUCGACCCAAUUCUUCAUGUAGUUCCCAUUCACGGGACUCAAGCAUUUGUAGCAUCUCUUCUAAUGAAUCAAUGGGUCAUUACAAGUACUCACAGGAGACAUCCAAACAGAAGAAUUUAUCUGUUGGAGAAGGAAAUAAAUUGGGACUGACAGUUGAAAAUUUGAAGAAAUUUGAAUCUCAAAAUGCAGAUGGUCUUGAAAGACAGAUGAGUGCCAUGUCUGUGUCAAGUAUAGGUUCAGAUCACGGCAAUGAGUUAGAGAGGUUUGACUAUAAAAAUACUAGUGACCUUGGAAGGAGGAUGCGUGUUUUGUCCAUAUCAAGUGCAGGAUCAGAUAAAAACAGUGGAUUAACGACUUUAUCGGUCAUGGAAAGAGUCAAACAAUCCUACAGAAUGUUGGGAUAUAAAAGUAAUAGUACCCAACAAAAUGUUAAUAAGAAAGAAGACUUUUCUACUAAGAAACCAAAGAUUAAUAGAAGUGACAGUACUCAAAGCUUGAACAUUCAACAAUCAGAUCAUAAAAGCCGAUUGUUAGAAGGAUAUAAACCAGCAUUUUAUUCAAGAGACAGUAGUGUGGAGAGUACUCGAUCAUCAUUAUUCAUGCCAAGUUUCGCUUCAAAAACUUCAGAAGGUGACAGAGAAAAUUAGUAUAUUAAUUAUCAUGAUUAAUAAAAGUCAAUCAAGUUUUAUUUGUCCUUACAUAUGUUGUUCCUCAGUAUUGAAUGUAUUUGUGUGAUAAGCAAUUAACAUUUUCCUAAUUUUAUUUUAUAUAACCUGA